AUGUUAACACAGGAGAGAAUAAAUACCUUGGCAGGAGUCGCGAGCAGAGAAAUUAAUGGUCCCUUGCAAGCCCUGUACAAGUACGCUCAUAAAGGAGAUUGGGAUGAGACAAGAAACUAUCUUAGCCAAUAUCCAGAUGCUAAAACCGUCAAGAUUAAACCCUAUGGUGAAACUGCCCUUCAUGUAGCAGCUUGUGCUGGAAAUUUGAAAAUUGUGGAGGAAUUGGUGAAGUUGAUGUCAGAAGAGGAAUUGGAAAUACAAGAUAAUCUAGGCAGAACAGCUCUUUGUAGUGCUGCUAUUGUUGGAAUAACAGAGAUGGCAGAGUGUUUGGUGAGGAAGAACAAAAACUUGCUUACCAUUGUAGAUAACCGUAAAAGGUUCCCACUUCUUGAGGCAUGCGUAAGAAAUCAUAAGGACAUGACUCUUUAUCUAUACUCUGUCACUCCCUUCGAAUUUCUUUGUCAAGAUAAUAAUGGCAAGUAUGGAUCUUUUUUCCUCCAACAAGCUAUUGGUUCUCAAAUGCUUGGUCUUCUCUUUCUUUAA